AUGGCGAUAGAAAGUGACUCCGUGCUUGAUCAUGAAAUAUGGAAAAUCUCCACACAGAUGAAUGGACAAGUAAAGGACAGCGAUCACAUGUCACCUGUUAAAGGUGAUGCAUACGUGUCAACAACAGUGGCCAGUGCACAGGAUGGAGCCGGUGUCUCGAUAUCAGCAGGUAGUGCAGAAGGAGGCGACGGUGUAUCGACACCAGUUGAAACAGAUGAAGGUGCGGAGGACGGAUCAUUAGACAUUGCUGGCGGAGGUGCAGAUGUCCCGUCAUCAGUGGACUGUGCAACAGAUAGAGCAGGGGUCUCGACAGCAGCAGGCACAGAUGAAGGUGAAAGUUUCUCGACAUCAGUAGACAUUCCUGAGGGAGAUGAAGGUGUCUCGACAUCAUCAGGUGGUGAUGAAGGAGGGGAAAGUGUCUCGACAUCAGUAGGCAGUGAUGAAGGAGGGGAAAGUGUCUCGCCAUCAGUAAGCAGUGAUGAAGGAGGGGAAAGUGUCUCAACAUCAGUAGGUAGUGAUGAAGGAGGGGAAAGCGACUCUACAUCAGUAGGCAGUAAUGAAGGAGGGGAAAGUGUCUCGCCACCAGUAGGCAGUGAUGAAGGAGGGGAAAGUGUCUCGACAUCACUAGGCAGUGAUGAAGGAGGGGAAAGUGACUCUACAUCAGUAGGCAGUGGUGAAGGAGGGGAAAAUGUCUCGCCACCAAUAAGCAGUGAUGAAGGAGAGGAAAGUGACUCUACAUCACUAGGCAGUGAUGAAGGAGGGGAAAGUGACUCUACAUCACUAGGCAGUGAUGAAGGAGGGGAAAGUGACUCUAUAUCACUAGGCAGUGAUAAAGGAGGGGAAAGUGUCUUGACAUCACUAGGCAGUGAUGAAGGAGGGGAAAGUGUCUCGACAUCACUAGGCAGUGAUGAAGGAGGGGAAAGUGACUCUACAUCAGUGGGCAGUGGUGAAGGAGGGGAAAAUGUCUCGACAUCAGUAGGCAGUGAUGAAGGAGGGGAAAGUGCCUUGACAUCAGUAGGCAGUGAUGAAAGUGGGGAAAGUGUCUCGCCACCAAUAAGCAGUGAUGAAGGAGGGGAAAGUGACUCGACAUCACUAGGCAGUGAUGAAGGAGGGGAAAGUGUCUCGACAUCACUUGGUAGUGAUGAAGGAGGGGAAAGUGUCUCGACAUCACUAGGCAGUGAUGAAGGAGGGGAAAGUGACUCUACAUCAGUAGGCAGUGAUGAAGGAGGGGAAAAUGUCUCGCCACCAAUAAGCAGUGAUGAAGGAGGGGAAAGUGACUCGACAUCAGUAGGCAGUGACGAAGGAGGGGAAAGUGUCUCGACAUCACUAGGCAGUGAUGAAGGAGGGGAAAGUGUCUUGACAUCAGUAGGCAGUGAUGAAGGAGGGGAAAGUGUCUCGCCACCAAUAAGCAGUCAUGGAGGAGGGGAAAGUGUCUCAACAUCAGCAGGUAGUGAUGAAGGAGGGGAAAGUGUCUCGACAUCACUAGGCAGUGAUGAAGGAGGGGAAAGUGUCUUGACAUCAGUAGGCAGUGAUGAAGGAGGGGAAAGUGUCUCGACAUCACUAGGCAGUGAUGAAGACGGGGAAAGUGACUCUACAUCAGUAGGCAGUGGUGAAGGAGGGGAAAAUGUCUCGACAUCACUAGGCAGUGAUGAAGGAGGGGAAAGUGACUCGACAUCACUAAGCAGUGAUGAAGGAGGGGAAAGUGACUCUACAUCAGUAGGCAGAGAUGAAGGAGGGGAAAGUGACUCGACAUCACUAGGCAGUGAUGAAGGAGAGGAAAAUGAGUCUACAUCAGUAGGCAGUGAUGAAGGAGGGGAAAGUGACUCUACAUCAGUAGGCAGUGGUGAAGGAGUUGAAAAUGUCUCGACAUCACUAGGCAGUGAUGAAGGAGGGGAAAGUGACUCGACAUCAGUAGGCAGUGAUGAAGGAGGGGAAAGUGUCUCGCCACCAAUAAGCAGUGAUGAAGGAGGGGAAAGUGACUCGACAUCAGUAGGUAGUGAUGAAGGAGGUGAAAGUGUCUCGACAUCAGUAGGCAGUGAUGAAGGAGGGGAAAGUGACUCUACAUCACUAGGCAGUGGUUAA